GAAGAGUCUCUCAUUUUGGCGCUCUUUUAACGAACUUAACGGCCUCCUCCCUCCACCAUAUCGAUCACCUUCCCCUCUCUCUCUCUCUCGAUGAAUAUCCCGAAGCCGACCUCCCUUAUCCACGAGCGGCAGCAAUUAUGGUGGCGCCAAAUCCUUGAUCCGAGCGGCGAAACCGUGAACAAAUGGAACCGCAUCUUCUUCGUCAUAUGCCUCAUCGCUCUCUUCGUUGACCCGCUCUUCUUCUACCUCCUCCGCUUCAUGCCCGGCCGGAAUUGCCUCGCCGUCGAAUACCACCUCGCCGGCAUCCUCGUCAUCACACGCUGCAUCGUCGACCUCUUCUCCACCCUCCACAUCCUCAUCAAAUUCCGCACCGCCUACGUCGCCCCCAACUCCACCGUCUUCGGCCGGGGCGAUUUGGUCACCGACCCCGACCGCAUCGCCGUCCGCUACAUCAAGGGCAAUUUCGUCGUUGAUCUCGCUGCCGCUCUCCCCCUCCCCCAAUGUGUUGUUUGGGGCAUCAUGCCAAUGCCAAUGUCACAAUCGCGAACGAGCAAUCGUGUGAAUCAUGCGAUUUCAUUUCUAAUAAUCCUUCAAUACAUUCCACGCCUCAUAAUCAUCUUCCCUCUCAACUGGAGAAUCAUCAAAAACACAGGCGCCGUCGCCAAAACUGCUUGGACUGGAGCUGCAUACAAUCUCAUUCUCUACUUGUUAGCAAGUCAUGUUUUAGGAGCUGUAUGGUAUUUGAUGUGUGUGAGUCGAAUAUUUAGGUGCUGGUCUGUGCAAUGCAGGCAUGAACAGCAACUCACAUCGUGUACCAAUCCCUUCCUUGAUUGCUUAACCAAAGGCCCCAAACGCGAUGCUUGGUACAAUACGACGUCGGUCUUCACCAUCUGUGAUGUCAAAGCCAAUCAAUUCAACUAUGGAAUGUUCGCCAUUGCUUUGCAUGACAAUCUUACCACUGCCAAUUUUUUCGAGAGAUACUUUUAUUGUCUCUGGAUUGGCUUAAAAAGUUUGAGCUCAUAUGGGCAAAGUUUGGAGACGAGUGCUUAUCCAUCGGAGACAAUAUUUGGCAUUCUUGUAUGCAUCAUGGGCCUACUCUUCUUCUCGCUCCUCAUAGGCAACGUCCAGACAUAUCUACAAUCCUCAACAGCAAGACUGGAAGAGUGGAGAGUGAAACGAAGAGACACAGAGGAAUGGAUGAGACAUCGGCAGCUACCUCCAAACCUGCAAGAACGCGUUAGGCGAUUCGUUCAAUACAACUGGCUCUCUACAAGAGGUGUCAAAGAAGAAGAGAUUCUCCAGGAUCUACCCCUCGACCUACGUCGCGAGGUUCAGAAACAUCUUUGUCUCGAUCUUGUUCGUCGAGUCCCUUUCUUCUCGAAAAUGGACCACCAGCUACUGGAUGCAAUAUGCCAGCGCUUGGUUUCAUCCCUAAACACCAAAGGCACGUACAUCGUCCGCGAAGGCGAUCCGGUUAACGAGAUGCUCUUCAUCAUCCGGGGGCAGCUCGAGAGCUCCACCACGGGCGGAGGCCGGUCGGGCUUCUUCAACUCCAUCACACUCAAGCUGGGUGACUUCUGCGGAGAGGAACUGCUCACAUGGGCUCUCAUGAGCUCCUCCCACCUCAACCUCCCGGCCUCCACGCGAACCGUCAGGUGCAUCACCGAAGUCGAGGCCUUCGCCCUCCGUGCAGACGACCUCAAGUUCUUCGCCAACCAGUUCAAGAGGCUGCACAGCAAGAAGCUGCAGCACUCCUUCCGCUACCACUCGCACCAGUGGAGGACUUGGGGAGCCUGCAUCGUGCAGGCCGCUUGGAGACGCCGUAGGAGAAGGAAGCUUGCUGACGAGCUAACGAGGCAUGAGAGCAUGCUGUAUGUGGACGAGGAGGAAGACGAGGACGACGCUGCCUCUGACCGUGCUUCCACAGAGAGCAAGUCAGUAACCACUGCUCUCUUAGCUAAAAGAUUUGCUGCAAAAACAAAGAAAGGGAUAAGCCAAAGGGUUAGGCUUGCUCGGGCAGCUGCGGAGUCCGCCUCCCAAAUUCCGAAGCUCUUUAAGCCUGACGAGCCUAGUUUCUAACAACAUCAUUUUUAGGUAAUUCAUACCAAGUUUCAUUGAGUAUAUACCACUUGUACAAAUGUGAUAUUAUUUGUGUAACGAAUAGUAAUAAUAGCAUUAGAAUAGAUGAUGAAACACGACACAAGAUUUCAAGGUUAACCUUAAAUUAUAGUGCGAACUUUAACCUCACGGUGACUUUUUAGCCCGAAUUUACAAAUAUUAUAAAUAUAGCUCGUACUUAUUUAUGUUAUUCA